UUGCGUCAGUGCCUGUCUUUGCCUGGUCUUUGUUUCUCUCUCUCUCUCUCUCUCUCUACACCCGAAACGGAUGAUGGGGCAAACAACCCAAGAUCCCAACUCACCAUCUCUGCCCUCUAGAUGGGGACAACCCUUCCUGAUCUUUGCUAGCCGUUAAGGGAUUCAAUUUCAACUUGGUCUCUCUUCCUCCUCCCCUCCCCACAAGGGGGUAAAAUAAAGAAGGGGGAAAAAUUUAUGAAAUCUCUCUUUCUGCUGUGUACCAACACUAGGGCUUCUCACUAUGUCUGCUUCCCCUUCUCUGCCUCCUCCUGCGAAAAAGAUCAAGCUCAAGAGAAAGAGAGAGAACAACCUAGGCCUGCACAGAGGAGCUUCUGAGGAGGAUGAGGCACAGCUUGCCAAUAUGCAAGACGGAGACGGUUCUCCGGUAACCAACUCGGAUUUUUGGACAGACCCUCCUCCUGAGGUCUUUCCAAACAAGGGAAUACGAAUCUCAGACUUCCCUGCGGCGGUGAAGCAGAAAGUUGGGCGUCCGCAUUCUUCCGUUUUCACCCUUGUAGCAGCGGAGCAGGCCGUCUUUUCUUCGGACCCCGUCGACGAGAGAUCAAGAGUCCAUUCUUUCUUUCUUGAGAACAUUUCUCAUGGGCAGCUCCAAGUAUUGUCUAGGAUUCCUGCUGAUUGUCCUGCUCUUGUUCCGCUGGACCAGGAGAAGCCGGAGUCAUCGUCAUUUCUCUGCACUCCGCCUAGUAUAGCAGAAGGAAGAGGCGCCCUUAGAUGGUUUAAGGUUCCCGAUCAAGCGGGCGCACUCGUACACAUAUUGCCCACUCACGCUGAUUGGUUUUCCUCCACUAAGAUACAUAGACUAGAAAGGCAAGUAGUUCCAAGAUACUUUACAGGAAAAUCAAAUGAUUGCACACCAGAAAAAUAUAUGGACAUAAGGAAUAAGAUCGUCACAAAGUAUUUAGAGUGUCCUGAGAAGAUGCUUACUAUCAGUGAUUGCCAGGGGUUGGCUGAUGUCAAUAUUCAAGAGCUGAGCAGGAUUGUACGAUUUUUAGACCAAUGGGGAAUCAUUAAUUACAGGGCAGCAAGUACACACAGGAGUAACUAUUCUGGUUCUGGUGUUGUUCCAACUAUCCAGGAGGAUUAUAAUGGAGAACUCCAUCUUCCAUCUGCCUACCUAAGGUCCAUUGACAGCCUUAUUUACUUUGACAAACCAAGGAGCAGGCUCAGAGAAGAAGAUGUUUCUUCACUUUCCGUAGGUUCUGUUGAAGUCAUGCCUGAUUUGGACAAGAGAAUCCGGGAACGACUGACUGAAAACCGUUGCCACCACUGUGCACAGCCUUGUUCUUGCAUCUAUUACCAGUCACAGAAAGAGGCUGAAGCGAUCCUUUGUUCAGAUUGCUUUCAUGAUGGGAAAUUCAUUGUUGGCAAUUCAAGUAUAGAUUUUUUGAAGGUGGAUGCAGUAAAAGAUUCAAAUGAUCUUGAUAGUGACACCUGGACUGACCAUGAGACACUUUUGUUGCUUGAGGCAUUAGAAAUUCACAAUGACAAUUGGAAUGAAAUUGCAGAGCAUGUUGGGACAAAAUCAAAAGCACAGUGUAUUCUUCAGUUUGUUCGUCUGCCUAUGGAGGAUUGUUUUCUCGAAAGUAUUGAGUUUCCUACCUCAGUGUUUUCGUCUGAUAUUGCCAAAGAAGGAAGCAGAACUAAGUUUCCAAUGGCCAAUGGAGACUCUUUAGCUUGUCACCACGAGGAGGUCGAUUCUGAAGGUCGUCUCCCUUUUGCAAAUUCUGGCAAUCCACUUAUGUCUGUGGUUUCCUUCUUGGCCACUGCAAUGGGACCACGAGUUGCAGCCGCUUGUGCACAUUCAGCACUUGCAUUAUUAUCUAGAGUAGGGAGCAAUUCCAUAUCUGCCGGUAAUCUGUCACAGUUGGAGGGUGCUUCUCAAGGUGAUAGAGGAAAUUCAGAAAAUAUGCAUCAAGAUGGCAUGCAGGGAAGCUUAGGACAUCAUAAAGAGGAAUCUCAAACUGAGACCAAAGAAUCUGUGGAGCGGUUGUCACCUGAAAUAGUGAAAGCUGCUGCCAGAGCUGGACUAUCUGCUGCAGCAAUGAAAGCAAAACUGUUUGCUGAUCACGAAGAACGUGAUAUCCAGCGAAUGAGUGCGACUAUUAUCAACCAUCAGCUGAAACGAAUUGAGCUCAAGCUGAAGCAGAUUGGUGAAAUAGAGACUCUGCUGUUGAAGGAAUGUGAUCAGGUUGAGAGGGCUAGACAGAGAAUUGCAGCUGACCGUGCACGCCUUCUAUCAAGUCGAUUUGCUGGACCUGUAUCUUCCCCUCUUCCCACAGUGGGAGCAGCAGCAGCAGUCACAACCAGUAAUCGGCCAGUGAUGCCAGCUUCAGCACCACAACCAACAGUUCCUGCUUUUAAUCAGCAAGUGAAUCAUCCAGCAAUGUCUUUCAUGCCUCGGCAGCCAAUGUUUGCUUUUGGUCCUCGUGUUCCACUCUCUGCUUUGCAUCCACCACCACCUGUGCCAACUGGGCCUGUCAUGGUUAAUUCCCCAUCUCCAAAUCCUAGCGUUUCUCAUUCCAUGUUGAGACCUGUUUCUGGUACUAACACAAAUGUAAAUUAAAGGCAUAUAGGUUUCACUUCCUCUCAUCUUCCAUCCACAUUUGGCUCCUGGUGCUAAGGCUUGUGCUUAUAAUGCCUUUAUCUUAAAUGAGCCAACCAUCAGAUUUAUCAGGAAAAUGCUCAAGUUAACUAAAAUGAUUAAAUUUUAGCUUACCACCUA